CCCACCUCGGCCUCCCAAAGUGCUGGGAUUACAGGCAUGAGCCACCGCGCCUGGCAGUCAUUCUUAAAUUAUUAUUUCCUAGGUGUCUUUCCUCAAGAUUGUCUUAAAGUUACAAAAUGUACAUGACAGAUCCACGGAUGUACAGCGGAGAGCCUGGAGGUCCAAUAGCCGUAGGCAAGAAGGGCUGAGGUCCACUUGUACACACACAAAGAAAAGGGUUUCUUCCUUUCCGGGAAUUAAAAUUGCCCUGGAAGACCUCUUUACUUCACGGAGCUUUAUGGAAGCCAGAGUUCGAGCUGAAGUCCAUAAGGUGACAACGAAGGUCAACAGUCAUUACCAAAUCAAUGGACAGAGGAAGACUACCGAGAAAUUGAAGCUGAGAAUGAAAGAACGUGAGCCAGCAGAAAAGGAGAAGCAGCUAUCAGAGGCAGAGGAAAAUGGGAAAUUGGUUAUGAAAAAAAUACGUACCUACAAGGAAUCGUUUCAAGGCGCGCAAGAGUUGCAGUGGCGGGCAGAGGACUCCUACAGACGCAAAAUCGCCCCUUCUGCAAGAAAGGCUCUUGACAACCAGCUCUUUGCUCAAACCUUGCAGUGGGAGAUGGCCGAGAGGAAGGCUUACAAGCAGCACGGGUGUGAAAUGAGGGAAAAGCAGAGAAUGCCAGAGAGACACAUGAGUGAGGAGUCAGUCCAGGAACGACCGGGCCUAAAGAACCCUUUCUGGAGAGAUUCAGGACCUCAUUCGGUUCCCAUGAGGAGCAGCCACUGCGUCCCAGCUGGAAACACAGAGAAGACAAAGGUCAGUAUGGUUGCAGGGAAGCAUCAUCAUUCCUCAGGAUUGGCCUACUACCCGCCCUACCUCAUGGCUGAAACUGUAAGACAAUGGAUGGCGCACCAGCUGCCUCCUCCAUCUCAGUAUCAUCUGGGAGCUCAACCACUUCCAUCAGCUAAACGUUUUCUGGGACCUCCGACUAUUUCUCAACUCAAGCGUCCCCUAGGACCUCAAGAACCUUCUACAACUGAUGAUUUUCGGAGACCACAGAGCCCUCCAGUUGACUGUCCCCUGGGACCUCAAGCAUUUUCUCCAGCGGAUGACUCUCUGAGGCUGCAGACACCUCACAAGUGUCUUCUAGUACCUCCUCCAUCUUCUCCAGCUGAUGACUAUCUGACACUGCAGACACCUCCCGAGUGUCUUCGGGUACCUCUGCCACCUUCUCCACCUGAUGAUUUUCAGACACUGCAGACGCCACCUGAGUGUCAUCGGGUACCUCUUCCACCUUCUCCACCUGAUGAUUUUCAGACACUACAGAGGCCACCCAAGCGUCUUUGGACACUGCGACUGCCAGACAAAAAAACCAGCCCCACGAGUGUCUUCGGGCACCUCUUCCACCUUCUCCACCUGAUGAUUUCAACACUGCAAGCCCACGUGUCUUUGGCACCUCUUCCACCUUCUCCACCUGAUGAUUUUCAGACACUGCAGACGCCACCCGAGUGUUUUUGGCACCUCUUCCACCUUCUACCUAUGAUUUUCAGACACUGCAGACGCCACCCAUGUUUUUGGCACCUCUUCCACCUUCUCCACCUGCAUAGACCUGCAGACGCCCCCGAGUGUUUGGCCUCUCCACCUUCUCCACCUGAUGAUUUUCAGACACUGCCAGACGCCACCCGAGUGUCUUUGCACCUCUUCCCCUCUCCACCGAUGUCACACGCAACACCUUCCACCUCUUCCCUUCUCCACCUGAUGAUUUUCAGACACUGCAGACGCCACCCGAGUGUCUUAGGGCACCUCUUCACCUUCUCCACCUGA